AUAACCCUUUCAAUGCUUUGCUAUGGGCAGGGGCAGGUGGUGGGGAAAUCAGCUUUGCAACAUUUUUUGCACCGUUUCUUAGCAGUAGGUUGCAGAUCGGAAGUGCCUCCUGCCCUUGCAAUGCUGCAGACUUUAACCCUAGUGCCUGGGGUCCAGUUUAUUAGGAAACUCUGACAGCAAAGCAAAAACCAGAGUCCGUCCGUCCGUCCGUCCGUCCGUCCUUCCUUCCUUCCUUCCUUCCUUCCUUCCUUCCUUCCUUCCUUCCUUCUCCUGGUGGUGGGCUUGCAAGAGAAGCCAAGGAAGCACCAUGGGCAGGACAGUGACUGUAGCCACCUGCUCCUUGAAUCAGUGGGCUCUGGAUUUCGAGGGCAACUUGGAAAGGAUUUUGACAAGUAUUGAAAUUGCUAAAAGAAAGAAAGCAAGAUACCGAGUUGGACCAGAACUUGAAAUUUGUGGCUAUGGCUGUUCAGAUCAUUACUAUGAGUCAGAUACACUCUUGCAUUCAUUUCAAGUCCUGGCGAAGCUUUUGGAAUCUCCUAUUACUCAGGACAUAAUAUGUGAUGUUGGAAUGCCUGUUAUGCAUCGAAAUGUUCGCUACAAUUGUAGAGUGAUCUUUCUAAACAAGAAAAUUCUUCUGAUACGUCCAAAGAUGGCACUGGCAAAUACAGGAAACUAUCGGGAAAUGCGAUGGUUUACUCCUUGGAACCGAUCACGCCAUGUGGAAGAAUAUUUUCUUCCCAGAAUGAUACAGGAGAUAACACAUCAGGAAAGUGUCCCAUUUGGUGAUGCUGUACUAGCAACUUUAGAUACCUGCAUAGGGACUGAAAUCUGUGAAGAACUGUGGAUACCAACCAGUCCUCACAUUGAGAUGGGAAUUGAUGGAGUGGAGAUCUUCACAAAUUCCUCAGCGAGUCAUCAUGUAUUAGGAAAAGCACAUACUCGAGUGGAAUUAGUAAAUUCUGCAACAGCAAAGAAUGGUGGCAUAUAUCUCCUAGCUAAUCAGAAGGGCUGUGAUGGUGAUCGCCUCUAUUAUGAUGGCUGUGCCAUGAUCGCUAUGAAUGGAAGCACUGUUGCUCAAGGCGUUCAGUUUUCUCUGGAUGAUGUGGAAGUCUUGGUUGCCACUCUAGACCUGGAAGAUGUCAGAAGUUAUAGGGCAGAAAUAUCUUCUCGAAACCUAGAGGCCAGCAAAGUGACUCCCUACAGUAGAAUAAAAAUACACUUUGCCCUUUCAUGUUCUGAUGACAUAUGUACACCUACAAGUGAGCCAUUCCAGUGGAAAUACCAUAGUCUUGCAGAAGAAAUCAGCCUUGGUCCUGCAUGUUGGCUUUGGGACUAUUUGAGGCGGAGCAAACAGGGAGGAUUUCUCUUGCCACUGAGUGGUGGGGUGGAUAGUUCAGCCACAGCCUGUAUUGUGUACUCGAUGUGUCGCCAGGUUUGUUACGCUGUUGAGAAUGGAAAUCAGAAUGUGUUAGAUGAUGUACGUAAGAUAGUAAAUGAUGAGACUUACAUACCAAAGGAGUCACAGGAAUUAUGUGGGCGUGUUCUGACAACUUGCUACAUGGCUAGUGAGAACUCUUCUCAAGAAACAUACAACAGAGCAAAAUCUUUGGCAGUAGAGAUUGGCAGCUACCAUAUAAACAUAAACAUAGAUGGAGCAGUGAAGGCUGUUUGGGGGAUCUUCAGCAUAGUUACAGGACGGCUGCCCCGAUACCAAGUUGAUGGAGGAAGUGCCAGGGAAAAUCUGGCCCUGCAGAAUGUGCAGGCCAGAAUAAGAAUGGUGCUCGCCUACUUGUUUGCACAGCUGUCCUUAUGGACUCGUGGAAUGCCCAGUGGACUGUUAGUGCUUGGAACAGCUAAUGUGGAUGAAAGCCUUCGGGGAUAUUUCACAAAGUAUGACUGUUCCAGUGGUGACAUCAAUCCUAUUGGGGGAAUUAGCAAGGCUGACUUGAAAAGCUUCAUCCAAUAUUGCACUGAGAGUUUUCACCUAAUGUCACUUAAAGGCAUUAUAUCUGCACCACCAACAGCAGAGUUGGAGCCCCUGAAGAAAGGGCAUGUUGCUCAAACAGAUGAGGCCGAUAUGGGGAUGACAUAUGCUGAGCUUUCCGUCUAUGGCAAACUAAGGAAGAUAGCAAAGGCUGGGCCUUACACCAUGUUUUGUAAGCUGAUCACAAUAUGGAAAGAGAUUUGUUCUCCAAGAGAGGUGGCAUCAAAGGUUAAGCAUUUCUUCCAAAUGUAUUCUGUCAAUCGACACAAAAUGACAACUCUUACCCCAUCCUACCAUGCUGCAAACUACAGUCCUGAUGACAACCGGUUUGAUCUGAGACCUUUUCUUUAUAAUUCUACCUGGUCCUGGCAGUUCAGGUGUAUUGAUGAACAAGUUUCUAAACUAGAGCCGAAGGACCUCGAGCUUGAAGAUGUGGCUUGAUUCACUUGUUUUGCUUUUGUGGAUGGGUGGGAAGGCCUCCAGCAACCCAGAUAUGAAGAUUAAAAGAGCCCAGGAGGUGGUCUAAACUGGUGUCUUAAAUCAAUAUGUUUUUGUUGCUCUUUACCCAGAAAAGAAAUAGUUUGAAAAUUAAUAUUUGAAGAAGUAAUAACAUGCUAGUUCAAAACAUCAUUGAAGAAAUA